GAGAAUAAAGAGUUUUUCACGAAAGAAAGUCGCAUGAUUAGCAACAAUAAACUAUAUGAAAGCGAGAAACAGUCGAACUGGAAGGUGACACGCUUAAAUCAGGUUCGAUUUUCAUAAUAAAUCUGCAGUGGAGUCGUGUUACGCACCAGAUUCGGUGACAGUGCGCAUGUACGGAAACAGCUGUAGUUGACAAAGCACAUCGCGUUUGCCCGUGAACAUCAAAACAAAGAUCCAUGUAUUGUAAAUAGUGUAGCACGUUCUUUUGGACACCAUGUCCAACAUUUUUAACAUCACGGACAACUUGAAGUGUCGGAUCAGCGCCUUCCUGAUACACAGAUACAUUGGCGGAUAUUUCGAGGAGAAGAUCAGCGCCGAACAACUCAAGGUCCAGUUCCUCAAGGGAUGUGCAGAGCUAAGGGAUAUCAGGCUCGACGUCGAGGCACUCAAUGAACUCGGGGAAAAACAGAAUUGGCCGUUCGAAUUCGUGACCGGCUUUAUCGAAUCUCUGGACGUCCACGUGCCAUGGAGAACAAUUCUCAAAGACAAAGCCACAGUGCGAAUAUAUGGCCUGAAGGUCACUAUUCAGCCAAAACAAAGGACAGAAAAUGCAACCUCAAUAGUGGAAUCCAUGUGGAACUCCAUGGCGAGCUCUAUCCAGUUAGCAGAAGAGUGCACCGGACAAGAAGAGCAGACUUCGACAAACAUCGAAGGUUUGGACAUGGUGGCCCGAACCAUUGAUUCCAUUUUAUCCAGAGUGUGCGUUAAGUUCCUGGACUUCACCGUCACCAUAGAGCAUGUGCCACAAAACAGUAAAACAGGUGUUGGACUCGUCAUGCAUUUCGAUGAGUUGAAUUACGGGGACGAGUCGGCUAACGAUCCGACGAACGAAGAGGUGACGGAACUAACCAACCAGGACAAAGCCAAGUCGUACCUGGUGAAUUCAUAUACGGCAAAAAGAAUCACAAUCGAGGGCGUAACCUUUUCAACGAUGGAGUUCGCCAGCGACUACCGCACGUGUUCGCCAUCGGUGAUGACCCAAUCCCAGUUUGACGAGGCGGGCAUUUCGCCUCCCAGAAACGAAAUACUCUUCGGAAAAUUAUGCAAUAAACAAGAAAUCAGAGUGAGAUUAAAACAAACAGAGGCCCUGCAUGGUCCCAAGGUAUCGAUUGAGAUGAAUCUCGGACCGCUGUUGCUGUUCCUGUCGCCGCGUCAAGUUCACGUGCUUCUUGAACUGGCCAACGGGAUAUCGUGUCCCGAUACAGAAGACACAAGUAACGUCGCGCCACGAAUGCGGUGUGUUCAAAAGGCGAUGACUGGCAGCGAUUAUCAGCGUAUUGAGCAAGAGUUACAGCAGACAAUGUUGAUGAACGCACACUCCCGUGUCACUGGACUGCAGGCCGGUCAGGGUUGGUCCACUGGCCCACUCGAUGACAGUGACACAGAAGAUAAUUUCCUUCCGAUCAGGAACAACGUCGGAAUGUGCGAUAGUACGUUUUCUGGGCACAGUAGUAGCAUGGAAUCGAGUUUCAAUUCUAGCAUGGCUAGUUCAUUUACAGAAAACACACAUCGCACACGUAAGAGACUAUCAAACAUAGACACAGAUCCCAGAACUGAGAUUUCACAUUUUCACAUCCGGAUUGCGUCGGCUGCAGCCGUCUUACUUCACGAGGAGGUCUUAAUUCCGUCCUCCAACAAUAACGUGGUGGUGGAGUCGAGUGUGAAACAGUUGCAGCAAAUGUCCAAAGACUUUUUCGAUGCGACGAAUGAUAUUACCAUCACUGCGUAUGGUCCUGCGCAGUUUGCCGAUUCGGAAAAGAUUCUGGACGCUGCCUGCAAAGCUAAUCACCUGAGAUUCUUGGCAGUUCCUAUUCAAAUAGAGGGCGACGAAAAAACUACGUUGUCAGCGUUCUCCAUUACAGGAACGCUGACUGUAGGCAAAUUGGAGAUACAAGAAUGCAUUUACGGCACACAAAAGGAUCCGAUACAUGUUCCUUUGUUAACGUUCCGUGAUCCCUCCAACAGUAACAAAGCCUACACUAACGUAAACCCAGACGUCAACCUUACAUUUAAACACCUCGACAAAACCACCAAGAGCGGCAUAAACGUUAAGAAAAACGGCAGCAGAACGGAAGUCGUACUUCGAUUGCAACGCUGCCUCCUCGAACUGGACAUAACCAUUAUAGACAGAAUGAACGCGUUGCUAAAUGCUCAGCCAAUCUGCCCUACAGACGUCGCCACUCCACCGCCAACAUAUUUGGACCUGAAAACGGGCACGCAAGCCGAAUCUAAAGCGGAAGUGCGCAUCGAAUCCGAGUCGCUAUGUGUCAGAUUGCGGUUCCCUAUAUCCGACUACAGACCGCUCAACGAUCUCAAUCGACUUGAGUGGUGGAAACGCAACUUGCGAUCGGAUUUUCUGGCACUUUACUUGUCUGAUGCACUUCUUCAAACUACCAUCAUCAGCAAUCAGGAGCACACGGACUACGAGGUGACCUGCAAUGCACUCGAUGUGUAUUAUCACGAAGCCGAGGGUAAGCCCGCCGUACAUUUGGCUAAGGGUAGCGGUGAUGAUAUUGGCAAAAUCAGAUUGAAUAUUAAAGUAUUCCCCGUGAAAAAAUACGACCCAGAAGAAUUAACCAAACCUGAUGAAAUGACCACUCACUCUAUGUACACUUACUUUGUGAAUCAUAGUAAAUUAGCACCACCAUUUUCGUCUAUAAAAGUGGUUCACGAAAGUGACACUCCACAUUCAAGGACUCAAAAAGAUGAUGCAGAAGAGUUGGUGAUACCAGGCAACAAGGAUGAAAUAGACGAGUUUGUGCGUGUGGCGACCGGUUGCGCACAAAUUCUUAUUGAAAUUGUGCUGCCCACCGUAUCUAUGCAGAUUAUCGACAAGCACACUUACGAGCUGUUGUAUAACCGCAUCAACAACGACUUACUGAUGUGGAAACCCAGUGCACCAAAAACCAAGCCCAACAAGCAAUCCUACGAGACUUACGGGACGAAUACCGCUGCCAAUACCACAAUGGAUGGGCAAGAAGUGUUUAGCAUGUGUAAGAGUGGCAUACAAUACGACUCUGACACCGAGUCCAAUGAUUCCGACGAUCAACCACCCAGCAUAUUCUACUCUACAUACGAAACGCGUACAAAAUCCAUGAUCAACAGCAUGAGAGCCCCAAGUGGAGGGCAACCAUCGGUGAGCGGACCUAUCAGAACGUGUACUCGCAAACAGAGCGGGCUUACGUUAUCGCUACGGAUCGGUCGUGGACUUGUGUUCCUUCACACACCCGUUCGCGAUGCCGCCACCAAGGUGAUACCAGGCCAGCAUGGUGAAUUCUUAUUAAACGUGACGGAUGCAAAUAUAUUCGUCGUCAGUGGUUACGAUGGUGACGAUGACUUAGGAUAUGUGUGUGUGCAAGUACACGACGCCAAACUACAUCAUUGUGACAUGAUUUCAAGCACAAGCACGACCCCACCCAUCAAAGAAUUGAGCACUGUGCCGGGGCGGCAUCUGCAUCCCACGAUUUACAAGUCUGAUCCGGGCACAGUUAUCGAUAAAAAGAAUAACAGAGGUGGAAAUCGUGAAAUGUUAACUGUGGCCAUCAAAAUACAGGCUUCGCACGAAACGCACCACGUUAAGACCAUUCUGGUGGCAAUCGGUCUGAACAAGGCGACACUGAAUCACAAAAUGUGUAGUGAACAAAACAGUUUCGUUUCACAUAUUAUUGACUUCUUUAAUGUACAAGACUAUCCGAUCCCAGGAUAUGUUUCGAAAGAUGUAUUAACGGAAUUCCAUCUGCAUCUGUGGGAUUGUGCAAUUGAUUAUAGACCCCUCCACAUACCACUGCGGGCAGUGGUAACAAUGGGGAAUUUCACGAUGUCUUCUCAUCUGUCGGCCGCAGCCAACACGUCGACGCUUACUUUUAUAGCGGAAGAGUGUCGGCUCUUCCUCAGUGACAAGCACCCGCCAAGGGACGGUGUACCGUCCUCGGUACCUGUUGACCUUCGCCGCGACUACGUCAGCGUCAUAGAAGUAGGAUUAUUUGAUCUCAGCUUAAAAACAACAGACAAGAAAAACUCUGUUAAUCCUCACUUUGACCUGCGCGCGUCCAACAACGAAGUGAUAAUCCGCACUUGUGUCGACACCGCCAAGGCACUUACACAGCUUAUCGUGUAUUACGCGGGGAACGGCGACCUUUCAAACACCCAACAACAGUCUGAAACGUCCACCUCGGCUGCGUCCAGCCACGCAACAACAAGUCCGCGACACAGCUUAGAAAAUGAACUGAUCAAUUUGGAAUUGACGCCUGCACAACACAGCAACAACCUGUCUCAGAGUCAACAACGCAGCGUCAACGAACUCAUCGGUGACGCGCUUCGCGAGCAUGAACCCGUAAAAGGAACUAAAAAAUCAUUUACAAAUACCCUAGAUCCACCAAUUGAUAAUUAUUACAAGUAUGAGCCCAACGAUCUCCCGUUGAACAGCGGCACCAAGAUCUUCUUUUUCCCGGAUGAGCAACAGUCCCUCGAAGUCUCAGGGAGACCGUUGCCACAGGUGACGGCCGAACUGGGUGAUGUCGGCGCUCGCCUUUCAUCAAACCGUUCAAGUUCGCAGCCAACGGGUGGUGGCAGCGACACCGACGAUGAUUUUUGUAUUGUGAGCGCCGACGUUGGCAGCUAUGGUAUUUGCGCCACGCCUCACGUCGAAUCUCCACCGGAAAUUAAAUGGCUAAUACAGGGGCCAGUGCGCAUAAUUGAGAACCAUUUCUGCCUACCCACAGGCAAGACGGAUUUGCUGAAGCCACCUAAACAUUUCCCUGUACCCGUCGAGAGAUAUACAUUGUGCGAGAUGACUGUGACGUGGCACAUGUAUGGAGGCAGCGAUUUUGGCAAAACUGAACCGGCUAAGAAGAAGUCGGUGAACUUCCGUGACAAUACCAGAGAGGCUGUCCAUUUUUCAGCAGUUCGGAAUGAGGAAGUGUACAUCCGAACAUCGAACAAGGAAAAAGAAAAGAAGCCAAUGUCGUGGAUGCAGAAGGGUGGCAUUGGUCGAGAUCACGACGUGAUAAUUGAGAUAUUUUUGAGCAAGGUACGGUUUCAGCAUGAAGUGUAUCCUGAGACCACGAAACAGGUGUCGCGACAGGUGCUUAUCAUAUCAGACAUUGAAAUCCGGGAUCGAUUGGAAUCUAGUUAUAUUAACCUGUUCCUCUACCAGCACACUAGUCAGGCAAAACCAAAGCAAGCUCAUGCUCAUAUGCUCGUGAUAAAGGCUGUCCAUGAACGACAGGAUCAACACGUAAACAACCAAGAGUGUUGUCUUAAAAUCUCGAUGUUACCGUUAAGACUGAACAUUGAUCAGGACGCAUUGCUCUUCCUGAUCAGCUUCUUCACUGAGCUGGCUGCCACAGAAGCGCCCAAACCAGAUGUUCCUCAAUCAAAACAUAGCACGCCCACGCACCAACCGCCGGUAAUGACCGUUGCCGACAGUAAGAACAAAAACGUGACUACGGAAGGGGACGACCAGCCCGCUGAUGAGAAACUGUUAAUUGCUUUCGAUGAGAACGCUGAAUUUAAAUCGGCCGAGGAAUAUUUGCCAAUCAGCGUUUCCCAUGUUGAGGAUUCGUCUCCCAUCUACUUCAGGAAAGUGUCGUUCUCACCAGACGUUCCAAUCCAACUUGACUAUCAGGGUAAGUUCGUAGACAUGAGCAAAGGUCCUUUGACCGGAAUCCUAAUGGGUCUGGGUCAACUGAACAAGAGUGAGCUCCGACUGAAACGCAUCGACUACCGACAUGGUCUACUCGGUGUCGAAAAACUAGUGACUCAUCUGUUGCAAGAAUGGUUAAAUGAAAUCAAGAAGAACCAAGUACCUAGUCUACUGAGAGGUGUUGGACCAAUGCAUUCAGUUGUACAGUUGUUCCAAGGAAUCAGAGACCUAUUUUGGCUCCCCAUUGAGCAAUACCAAAAGGAUGGACGCAUCGUAAGAGGCUUACAAAGAGGCGCCAACAGCUUCACAACGUCCACUGCUAUGGCCGCCUUAGAACUUACCUCCAGACUGAUUCACCUUAUUCAAAUGACGGCUGAAACUGCUUACGACAUGUUGUCACCAGGACCAAGCGUCAGGAGAAUACACAAACAGAAAGGAAGAAGGAAAAGACUUCAGCCUCAAGAUAUUCGCGAAGGAGUUACCAAUGCCUACAGGGUAGUUAAAGAGGGAAUUGGUGAAACCGCAGACAAAAUCGUACAGGUGGCGUCGCACGAACACGAGGAGAAAGGAUACAGCGGUGCCGUGGGCGGGCUGCUGCUGCAAAUUCCGCCCACCAUGAUCAAACCAAUAAUUUUAGCGUCGGAAGCGACGUCGAAUCUGAUCGACGGUGCUCGGAGCCAAUUGGAACCCGACGCGCGCCGCGAGAUGAACCAGAAGUGGCGCAACAACGACGCCUUAUAACGCAUUGUGAUAAUACAGACUGCCGUUGCCGAUCAUGUCCGGCUAUGUGAUGAUUUGUUUUUAUAUAAGUUUUAUAUAUUAGGUGCCCGAUAUGAGUAUAAUGAAUUUUUCUAUUUAACCUACGACUUGGUUUAACGCAUUGAUGUCCCAAAUAAAUGCAACAUAUGCCAUAAA